CGUUGAUGGCGCCUUAUGAUUUUAAUUUUCAGAUUUGACAGACCAUUUUCUUGAUUAUUUCUUGUCUUGUCUUUGUUAGAUUCAGAUGAUAAUUGCAUGGUUUUAUGAGUUUUUCUGCUCUUUUUCUUUUUGGCUUGUGAUGUUGAACUGCUCAAACAGCCCAUAAAAACAUCUACUAAUUGCUAGAUCUAAUAAAUUUUAUCUAUUUAAAGCCCAUCCUUGACCAUCACAUUCUUUAUGGUGCUAAAUUUUGAUGGCUUGGUUAAUGUGGUGUUGUAUUUUAAAAGCUCCAGAAGAAACAUAGCUUUGUUUAAAUCUCUCAUAAAACUGAAACUGCAACUGUAUUUGUGGCGGAAGUUAAAGAAGGAACUAUCUCUCUGGCAUCUGCAUUUGCUGGUCAUCAAGAAGCUGUUCAGGAUAGAGAUCACAAAUUCUUAACAAAAGCAGUAGAAGAAGCAUACAAAGGUGUUGAAUGUGGACAUGGAGGACCAUUCGGUGCUGUUGUUGUUAGAAAUGAUGAAAUAGUUGUAAGCUGCCACAACAUGGUUCUGCAGAGCAACGACCCAACUGCUCAUGCUGAAGUUACAGCUGUUAGAGAGGCAUGCAAGAAGCUUAACCGAAUCGAGCUCUCAGAUUGUGAAAUAUAUGCUUCCUGUGAGCCAUGUCCGAUGUGCUUUGGUGCUAUCCAUCUUUCAAGAAUUAAGAGGCUGGUUUAUGGAGCCAAAGCUGAAGCAGCUAUAGCAAUUGGAUUUGAUGAUUUCAUUGCUGAUGCUAUAAGAGGUACUGGGUAUUAUCAGAAGGCUCAUCUGGAGAUAAAGAAAGCUGAUGGAAGUGGUGCUGCUAUUGCAGAACAGGUAUUUGAGAAGACCAAGUCCAAGUUUACCAUGUACUGACUCUUGAUUGUAUGGAAAUUCAACAAUGUAUUUACCAAUUUGGUCAUCUCCUUUAUCACAAAAUGCCAACAAGUGUGCAUCA